AUUGGAUUAAAAUUCAUAAUAAUAUUCAGCAUUUUGAAUAUGGCUUCGAUUAAAAUACUGAUAAUGGUAUUGGCCAUUUUUGUUGCCAAUACAAACGUAUUGGCAAAAAAACCAAAUCCAUUACCAACAAUUCCACCUAAUUCUUCAAUUUUGAAUCGUGUUCGUCCGAAAUUACCCGUAUCAACAACACCAAAAUUGGUAUUGCCAACAAGAUUGCCAACAACAUCAUAUGUUCCGGUUGUAUCAACUUCAGAAUUACCAGACUUAUCAGUUUCAGAAUCCAAAUCAGCACCAUCAAUAUCGAUUCAAUCACCACCAUUACCAUCAUCUGAUCAAACAAAACUGGUGUUAACCGAAGAUAAAUCAAUCAUACUUGAUCGUUUUAUGGGACCAUAUAAAGGACGACGAAAUAUACGAAUCAUAUAUGAUCAGGAUUUUCAAUAUAGAUGUUUAGAUGCUAUGAAUCGUAAACGUUUAUGGCAUGAAAAUACACCACCAUUAGUUUUGGGUGAUAAUUUUACACAAUAUACACUUGAUCGUGCUUGGAGUAUUUUAGGUGAUAUUGCCGAAGGUAAACGAGAUAUUGUUAAAGGACAUUAUCCAUUUGGUGAAAGUUUUUUCUGGUAUUAUGAUCCAAAUCGUUAUCGAUCGAUUGAAGAAGCAAUCAAUACUUGGUAUGAAGAAGAACGUCAUUAUGAUUAUGAUGAUCCAAGAUUUUCUGCUAGAACUGGUGGUUUUACACAACUUGUAUGGCGUGGAUCACGUGAAGCAACAUGUGUAAAAAUUGAAUUUGAAACACCACAAAAUUAUAAAACAUUAGUUGUUGCUAAUUUUUGGCCAGCCGGUAAUGUAAAAGGUGAAUUUCCAUCAAAUGUAAUGCCCGUACGACGAAAAAGACCCGAUAUGAUUGAACCACCAUCGAAUAAAGUACAAAGACCAUGGCCACGUCCACCAUAUCGACCAACAACUGAACCACCAUCAUAUCCAACACAUCCAUUAUUUAAUCAUGAUAUUCAUGAAAUACCACAAUCAGUAAUUAAAAAUCAACAUGUAGAACAAGAUUCACAUAAAAUUGUUGAAGAAACAUUGAAAAACAUUUAAAUUAAUCAAUUGGGAUACAUUUUAUUUACAUGAAAAU